AUGGAGACACCGCCGCCUCUUCCCGAGUACAACUCGAGCAUUCCCAAUGGCGGGAACCCAAAGGAAAUCAAUGUCAAUCUUCCAUACACCGGCCUUGAGUGGGAAUAUACUUUCCAGGUCAUCAUGGGCGCUCUGGUUUUCGUCAUCGUCCCCGGUAUCGGUCUGCUCUACGGCGGCAUGUGUCGAAGGAAGUCUGCGCUGGCCAUGAUUUUCCAAGCAUGGACCGUCAUGUCCGUCUGCUCAUUCCAGUGGGCGUUUUGGGGAUUCAGUCUCUCCUUCUCUCGAACCGGUGGUCCAUUCAUUGGUGACCUCUCAAACUUCGGCUUGAAGAACAUCAUGGCGGCACCAUCAUGGGGAUCUGCCGUCAUUCCAGACAUCGUUCUCGCCUUUUACGAACUUAUGUUCUGUGCAUGCGCCACCAUGAUCGUGGUCGGUGGCUCCUUCGAGCGCGGACGAAUCCUUCCUUCGAUCAUCUUUGGUUUCUGCUGGUCCACCCUCUGCUACUGUCCCAUCGCGUACUGGACCUGGAACGCAAAUGGCUGGCUCUUCAAGCUUCCCGCCCUUGACUUUGCCGGUGGUGGCCCAGUGCACAUUUCCAGCGGCUCGGCCAGUUUGGCAUAUGCCCUCGUUCUCGGCAAGCGCAAGAGGUUAGGAGAGAAAACGCUCUACAAGCCUCAUAAUGUCUCCAUCGUUUUCCUUGGUACUGUGCUCAUCUGGUUCGGCUGGUUCGGGUUCAACGGUGGUUCGGCCUUGAAUGGCAGCAUCCGUGCCAUGAUCGCCAUCUGGAACACCAACUUUGCCGCCUCCUGCGGUGUGGCUGGAUGGUGUAUGAUGGACUACAUCAAGAAGCGAAAGUUUUCCGUCAUCGGGGCAUGCGAGGGUGCGAUUGCUGGGUUGGUCGGCAUUACGCCUGCUGCAGGCUAUGUAUCCGUUUGGUGCGGUGCCGCCAUCGGCUUCAUCACAGCCAUCGUGAUCAACCUGUUCGAGAACGUCAAUGACUGGAUUCGCAUCGAUGAUGGGCUCGAGGUCUUCAAGCUCCAUGGUAUCGGCGGCAUGGUCGGAGGCUUCCUGACUGGUAUUUUUGCAUCGUCUUCCGUGUCUGCUCUCGACGGCAUACCAACCCUAGCCCCAGGUGGCAUCGAUGGAGUUGGCAGCCAGAUCGCACGUCAAUUGGGCGAGAUUGCUGCUAUUGCCAGCUGGUCGUUCACCAUCUCUUUCAUCCUCCUGACGAUCUUGAAGUACAUCCCGGGUCUGCAUCUCAGGAUCACUGAUGAGGCGGAGAUGGUUGGUCUGGAUCUUGACCAGUUUUCUGACGAACUGGUUGGCGAAUGGACACUGUUUGCCGAUGACGGCGUUCACAUCCGCAGAUCCUUCGAGGAGAUCACUCAUGGUGUUGCUGCUACGGAAACCACCGCAGGCGACGCUACCCCAGAGCAAAAGUCCGAGCCCAAGUCCGAGCCAGUCUCGUCUUGA